AUGCUGCCUCUUAUGCUUCCCGUGUCCACCACGAGCGCCACGAUCGACAAAGGAUCAGCCACACCUUAUCUGCGAUUUAAGGAGCGAUACAACUUAGGAGAGCUUGUGCAAGAUAUCAAACAACAUUUGGGUCACUCGGGGGGGAUUUCAUCUGAAGAUGUCGAUUCAGACUAUCUACGGUCUUUACUGGAGAAGUACAUAUCAGACCCGAGCGAUUGGAUCCAAUAUUUCAACAACGACCGGAGCAAGAACUAUACACGCAAUGCGAUUGAAAAUAUCAAUCGUAAGGCAAAUAUUCUCCUUCUCGUGUGGAAUCCUGGAAAGGGCUCCCCUAUCCAUGACCACGCAAACGCACAUUGCAUCAUGAAAGUCCUUGCCGGGGAACUCCAUGAGACCGUUUACAAAUCGCCCGAGAAUAAAACUGGGAAAUCUAAGCCACUGGAGAUCAAAUCCUCAAAUACUUUCGGCCUGAAUGAGGUGACUUAUAUUUCUGAUGAUAUCGGGCUUCAUCGGGUUCAUAACCCUAGCAGCGAGCAAAUAGCCGUUUCACUACACUUGUAUACACCUCCAAAUGCAGCUGACUAUGGCUAUCAUAUCUUCGAUGAGGCUACCGGGUCUGCAAGCCACGUACCACAAGCACGCUCAUAUUUGAAGCCCCAAGAGGAUUAG